AUGUUAACAACGGGUGAUAAUAACAUUGAACAUUUGGACAAUAUUGAAAAACUUCUUAUGCGUUUGCAACAAUAUAAUCUCAGAGUAAAUAAAAGUAAAACUGAAUUUUUUAAAAACAGCGUUGAAUUCUGUGGAUACAAAGUUGAUUGUAACGGGCUUCACAAAACGGAUGCUAAAAUUAAAGCGAUUCGUGACGCACCGAGGCCGGAAAAUGUCAGUCAAGUGAGAUCGUUUAUUGGCAUGGUUAAUUACUAUCAAAGAUUUAUUCCGAAUUUGUCAUCUGUACUGUAUCCUUUAAAUUGUCUGCUCAGGGCUAAUUGCAGAUGGAAGUGGACUAAAUACUGCGAAAAAGCGUUUCUCGAAGCCAAAAAGCUUAUGACCUCGAGCACUGUAUUAAUUCAUUAUGAUCCUUCAUUAACUUUAAAACUGGCAUGCGAUGCUUCACAGUAUGGUCUCGGGGCGGUAAUGUCUCAUGUAAUGAAAGAUGGUUCCGAACGUCCCAUAGCUUUUGCUUCAAAAUCGCUUACCGAGACACAAAGGAAAUAUUCACAAAUAGAGAAAGAGGCCCUUGCAAUUAUUUGGGGAGUCAAAAAGUUCUAUUGUUACUGUGUAACCGCUGCCGAUCCUACUGCAGUGGUAUCGUCUUCGCAAUCUAACAAUAAGAAUAAUACUGAAGCUACUAAGAAAAGAAAAUAUGACGAAACUUAUCUACGUUUUGGAUUCACGUGGACUGGUGACGAGGAAGAGCCAAAUGGGCUUUGUUUGGAAUGUGGAACUGUUCUUUCAAACGGCAGUCUUUUUCCAGCAAAACUAAAACGGCAUUUAGAAACAAAGCACUCUCAGCUUAAAAAUAAAAACAUCGAUUAUUUCGAAAAGAAGAACAAAGAACUAAAUGAAAGGAAAAAAAUGUUUGGAAGGUUCGUCUGUGAAGAUCACAAAAACGCACUUAUUCCUUCUUAUAAAAUUAGCUUUCGAAUAGCACAACAAGGGGAGGCUCACACAAUAGCUGAAAAUUUAAUAAAGCCGUGUGCAAAAGAUUUAGUUGAGAGCAUGAUAGGCAAAAAUUAUGUCCGCAGUAUAGAGGCUGUUCCUCUUUCAGACAGUACAGUUUCAAGACGUAUUAGUGACAUGGCAGAGUAUUGCCAAAAAGAAUUGAUUAUGAGAAUGAAACAAAGUCCGACAUUUUCUCUUCAAAUGGACGAAUCCACAGACGUUGAUGAUUUAGCUGUAUUACUUGUAUUCGUCCGAUACGUCUAUAAUUUUGAAACUGAAGAAAACCUACUUUUCUGUAAACCUUUAAAAACUCACACAACAGGUGAAGAUAUAUUUUUACUUAUCCAAUCUUUUUUUGAGGAUCAUGAUAUAUCAUGGAAAAACUGUUCAAGUGUGUGUACAGAUGGUGCGGCGGCGAUGGUGGGUAAAUAUUCUGGACUUGUGGCUCACAUAAAAAGUAAAAACCCGGAAACUGUUGCCAUUCACUGCUUUUUACAUCGACAUGCCCUGGCAGCUAAGCGAAUGCCUCCUGAUUUAGUUGAAGUGCUGGAAGAUGUGACAAAAAUUAUUAACUUCAUUAAAGCUAGGCCACUUAAUUCCAGAAUUUUUAGGUUACUGUGUGAAGAUAUGGGAAAAACUCACAAAUCGUUGUUGUUACAUACUGAAGUUCGCUGGUUGUCGAGGGGGAGGGUGUUGGCAAGAUUUUAUGAGUUGCAUGAAGAGGUUCACAGCUUUUUAUCUGAUAAAAAGCACAAGUUUGCUUUCAAAUUAACAGACAGUGACUUUAUUCAAAGGUUGGCGUAUUUGUCAGAUAUUUUUACCCAUCUAAAUGAAGUAAGUAUUUCGUUACAGGGAAACAAAGUAACAUAUUUCAAAGCCCAGGGUACCAUCCUUGCACUUCAAAGGAAAAUAAAUCUAUGGAAGGAAUGUAUCCUUGAAGGAAAGCAUGAAUGCUUUGGAAAUUUAUGUGAAUAUCUUCUUUCAAAUCAGCUUGUUUUGCAGGAAAAAAUAAAAGAGGCUAUCUUCAAGCAUCUAACGAAUUUAGCUGAAUCAAUUGAAAAGUAUUUUAUCAUCAACGCUGAUAACUUUCUUUGGAUUCAAAAUCCUUUUCAAGCUUUUCCCGACGUGGCAACCCUCUCAUUGAAAGAAAAAGAACAGCUAAUUGAUAUAUCUUCAAACUUUGAAUUGAAAAGCAAAUUCAAAGAAAUAGAACUUGCACAAUUUUGGAUCAUAAUGAUGGGAAAAUUUCCAGAAAUAUCACUCGAAGCUUUAAAAGUGCUAACACGAUUUCCGACUACUUAUUUGUGUGAGAAAACAUUCUCGUUAUAUGCAGCAACAAAAACUAAAUAUAGAAACCGGCUAAACGCGGAAAAUGAUCUGAUAUUACAAGUGACUUCAAUUGAACCGCAACUUGAAUCUUUUUUACAUACAAAGCAGCAAAUACAUCCGAGUCAUUAG